AUGGCUGACCUCUCGACAUGUCCGCCAUUGACGCGGGCUUCCGUCGUCGAUGCCCACGCUCUGAUCCGUCCUUUUGUCCACCGCACGCCCGUUUUGACCAACAACACGCUCGAUGCGCUCGCCUCGACGCCUCGCACGCCAGAAGAGCUGGCCAGCACGCUGUGGGCGACGGCAGACUACCGGCCUGCUCGCCCGACGCUGCGGCUCUGGUUCAAAUGCGAAAAUAUGCAGCGCAUCGGCGCCUUCAAGGCACGCGGAGCCUUCCACGCAAUCGAGCGGCUCAAGCGCGAGCCGGGCUUUGUUGAGAGCGGCGGCGUGUCCAAGGGCGCGCUGGCGCUGGCAGCCCGCACGGCCGGCAUGCCUGCACACAUUGUGAUGCCGAGCAUAUCGGCACCUCCCAAGGUUGCGGCCACGCGUGGCUACGGGGCCAACGUGAUCUUCAGCGGGUCGACGGCGGCCGAGCGCGAGGCCGUGGCCACCGAUGUGAUCGCUGAGACGGGCGCGCGCAUGGUGCCGCCAUACGACCAUCCGGACAUCAUUCUGGGACAGGGCACCGUCGGGCUGGAGCUGCAGGAGCAGGUGGCUGCGGCCAAGGCGGAGGGCACAACAUCGUCGACGACCGGCACCGGCAUCGGGGCCCAUCCCACGGCCUUUCUGCGGGCUCCGACCUCGGCUUCGGCAUCGGCUUCGGCAUCGGCUUCGGCUGGUCUCGAUGCCAUGAUUGCGCCCGUCGGAGGAGGCGGCCUGCUGGCUGGCGUCGUGCUGUCGGCCGAGGGAACGGGCGUGCGCGUGUUUGGCGCAGAGCCGUCGCUGGACGGUGCAGACGACUGCGCGCGUGGACUGGCGCAGAAUAGACGCAUCGAGAGCGUCAAGACGCUGACGAUUGCCGACGGCCUACGCACGCCGGUCGGCCAGCACAACUGGCAGGUCCUGACGGGCGCUCACCAGGACCCCAAGGGCCAGGGCGUGCACGGCGUCUACACGGUCAGCGAGGACCAGAUCCGCGCCGCCCUGCGGCUGCUGCUGGAGCGGCUCAAGGUCGUGGUCGAGCCAAGCUCGGCCGUUCCGCUGGCGGUGGCGCUGUACAACGAAGACUUCCGGCGACGGGCGGAGCAAGAGGGUGGUGCGGCCGGCUGGGAUGUCGGGCUCGUCAUCAGCGGCGGUAACAUCAGCCUGGACGACGUGAGCAAGCUGCUGGCACCGAGCAAGGCGUGA